AUGGCCACGAAAGUAGACAUCAGGCCUGGGGAACUCACCAGCAAUAGCUGUGACCCAGUCACAGCUCGAGAGCAUGCGCAGGCUGUGACCCGAAACUAUAUCACCCACCCCCGUGUCACCUACAGGACCGUGUGCAGCGUCAAUGGGCCUCUGGUGGUGCUGGACCAGGUCAAGUUUGCCCAGUACGCUGAGAUUGUCAACUUUACCCUCCCGGAUGGGACUCAGAGGAGUGGCCAAGUGCUUGUGGCUGGGACCAAAGCCAUUGUUCAGGUGUUUGAAGGGACCUCAGGGAUCGAUUCUCAGAAGACCACCUGUGAAUUCACAGGGGACAUCCUGAGGACUCCUGUGUCGGAGGACAUGCUGGGUCGGAUUUUCAAUGGUUCUGGCAAACCCAUUGACAAAGGGCCUGUUUGUCAUGCAGAGGACUUUCUGGACAUCAAUGGCCAGCCUAUCAAUCCCCAUGACCGAAUCUACCCUGAGGAGAUGAUCCAGACAGGAAUCUCCCCCAUUGAUGUCAUGAACAGCAUUGCCCGUGGCCAGAAGAUCCCCAUCUUCUCCGCAGCAGGGCUCCCCCACAAUGAGAUUGCUGCCCAGAUCUGUCGCCAAGCAGGACUGGUGAAGAAAUCCAAGGCUGUGCUGGAUUACCACGAAGACAACUUCGCCAUUGUCUUUGCAGCCAUGGGGGUGAACAUGGAGACAGCCAGGUUCUUCAAGUCAGAUUUCGAGCAGAAUGGAACCAUGGGAAACGUCUGCCUCUUCCUGAACUUGGCCAACGACCCUACGAUUGAACGGAUCAUCACCCCUCGUCUGGCACUGACCACAGCUGAGUUCCUUGCCUACCAGUGUGAGAAGCACGUGCUGGUCAUACUGACUGACAUGAGCUCCUAUGCAGAGGCUUUGCGGGAGGUCUCGGCUGCCAGAGAGGAAGUGCCAGGUCGCCGCGGCUUCCCUGGAUACAUGUACACAGAUCUGGCCACCAUCUAUGAGCGAGCUGGCCGUGUGGAGGGUCGGGGUGGCUCCAUCACACAGAUUCCCAUUCUCACCAUGCCCAAUGACGAUAUCACCCACCCCAUCCCAGACUUGACUGGCUUCAUCACAGAAGGACAGAUUUAUGUGGACAGACAGCUACACAACCGGCAGGUCUAUCCCCCCAUCAACGUGCUACCUUCCCUGUCACGGCUGAUGAAGUCGGCCAUAGGCGAGGGCAUGACCAGAAAGGACCACGGAGAUGUCUCCAACCAGCUGUACGCCUGCUACGCCAUCGGGAAGGAUGUGCAGGCCAUGAAAGCGGUGGUAGGGGAGGAGGCACUCACUUCGGAAGACCUGCUCUACCUGGAGUUUCUGCAGAAGUUUGAGAAGAACUUCAUCACCCAAGGUCCGUACGAGAACCGGACGGUGUUUGAGUCGCUGGAUCUGGGCUGGAAACUGCUGCGCAUCUUCCCCAAAGAGAUGCUGAAGCGCAUCCCGCAGAGCAUGACAGACGAGUUCUACUCCCGCCAGGGGGCGCAGCAGGACCCCGCGUCCGACACGGCCCUCUAG